GCUAAAAAAUGAUUUGUGACAGGAUGCACUUUUGGGACCAGACCUAUAGCCCAUUCCUAGACAGAAAGAAUCAAGUCAACAGGAAUCAGAUUUGCUUCAUCUAGGAAACCAAAGUUUGCAUAUGAGUAAUGGCAAGCUAGCAGCGCAUGGAGUCGCACAAUCUUACACAGAACUAAUGCAACAAAUGACAGUCAUGAGUCAUUUACAAAGCGACAAUAUGGCAAUACCUAUAAACAGUUUCACAUCAUUCUUGACUGCGGGCAUAAACUCUAAGCAUCAAGCAACAGGCCCAAUUGCAAGCAGCAAUGAGCAGCAUCUCAGUAAUUGGGGACAAUAUUUUGUACCUUCAGAGCAGGAGCAUGAAGAAGACGAUGAAGCAAACAAUGAGGUUGAUGCAAGUCAUAGUGAUGCUGAAUCUGAUGUUGAGCGUGAAGAUGGUGAUAAAGGAAACAAUGAAGAUGAAGCAAAUCGCAUUGAUAGUGAAUCUGAUGGUGAGCAUGAAUUUGACUGCAACAGUGAUGAGAAUGCAAGUUAUCCAGAUGAAGCUUACACAGAAUGCAAUAGUGAUCAAAAUGAAACAGAUGUGGAGGAAGAUUACCUGGAACAAAAUACUUUAUCCUGUGAUGAGUUGUUGGUGGAACGCCAGCAUUCAGAGCUGCAAAAUUUGGAGCAAAGUUGGAACUAUCAGGAUUCAGUCUAUCAGCAGCAAAUGAUGAGAGCCGAUCAAGAAGUAAAAGCAAGGAGCUCUGAAGAAGCAUUGCAAGGCCCUGAUUAUGCAGAAACAACUGAUACAGAUGGCACUAGUGGCAGCGAUGAUUCAGAGUUUGAAGCAGAGCAGCUACAAGAGGUCCAACAACAAACAAAAAACUAUGAAAAGGAUAACAGUGCUACAUUUUUAGAAUCAAAUGAAGAGGAUCAGAAUGAAACUUUUAGUCCAUCAGGCAAGGAAAAAAAUGCAGGACCUAGUAAGGAGCAGAUGAAAGAUGAAAACAAGUUAUCUCAAGAAGAUAUAGAAUUCUUCCUUGAGAAUGACAGUAUUAAAAGGGCAAUUAAAUUAAGCCAAGAAGAUGAGAAGAAACACAUGCCAGCCCUUGGCAUGACAUUUGAAAGUGAUGCUCAUGCACACAGAUUCUACAAUGAAUAUUCAGCUAUUGCUGGGUUCUCAAUUCAGAAAGCUGCAAACUAUCACUGCCAGAAGAAAGAUGCACACAACAACAAAAUGACGAGGUUCACUAUGAAGUGUAACAGAUCUGGUAAACCUAGGAUAAGGACAAAACCAACAGCUGCAGGAGCAAAAAGGAGAAAGUAUAAGAGUGAUAAAAAUGCACCAACUGAGCUAGAGAAUACGACAGACAGAAGAAGAAACUACACAACUAAAACAGGUUGUCAAGCUCAGAUGGUUGUUACCUGGAAAUUCGAUACAACACAGUGGGUGGUGACAAGGAUUAUCAUUGAACACAAUCAUGACCUGCAUCCACCAGGGGAAGUCAGGUUCCUCAGGUCACACAAAUAUAUCACUGAUCAAGAGAAGGACUUGAUCAGAACUUGCAAACAAGUGAACGUACCAACUAGAAAGAUUAUGGCAAUAAUGGCGUUCUUUCGAGGAAGAGGUCUUUCUUCGCUGCCAUAUACAGCAAAACAGAUUAGCAACAUGGGCACGAAAAUGAGAAGAGAUAACGGAUUGAAUGACAUGAUGCAAGUGGUCUCAUUUUUUGAACAGAAAAAAUGAGAAGAUCCUCUGUUCUUCUACUCAUUCAAAACAGAUCCAGCUAAGAAUGUCAUGCAUAUAUUUUGGGCAGACGGCACUGGUAUAAGGAACUAUCAACAAUAUGGUGAUCUCCUAAGUUUUGACACAACUUACAAAACAAACAAGUAUAACCUGAAGUUUGCUCCAUUUGUGGGUGUAAAUGGACACGGAGACAACUGCCUCUUUGCAUGUGGUUUCAUACAAGAUGAGAAGAAAGAAAUUUUUGAGUGGUUGUACAAAACUUUUCUGAAGUGCAUGGGAGGAAAAGCUCCAAAAUCUGUGAUAACAGAUCAAGAUGCAGCUAUGAAAAAGGCAGUUCCUAAGUGUUUUUCUAGUUGCAUGCACAGGAACUGUUUGUUUCACAUUCUAACAAAAGCGCAGAACAAAGCUAGGAGAACAUUUGCAAGGAACGAGCAUUUGAAUGCUCAGUUUCAUGACAUAAUCCUAAACUCACAAACAGUUGAGGAGUUCGAGCACCUCGGGCCCCAGAUGAUACAACAACACAAUGUUCAACAUAUCAAGCACUUCGGGAUUAUGUGGAAAAAUAGAAAGAGAUUUGUACCUGCAUAUUUCAAGAAUGACUUUUUCCCAUUCAUCCAGUCAACGGCAAGAACUGAAGGUACAAAUGUUGUAUUCAAGGCAAAUGUAGGGUCAAGUCAUAGUGUGAUUGCUUUCAUGACAGAGUUUGACAGAAUAUCGCAGAGCAUUGAAGAAAAAAAAAGAAAAUGAUUCAAUAACAAGGAGAACCUCUCCAACAAUGUGGAGUGACUGGGCAUUGGAAAAGCAAGCAGCAAAACUAUACAACAGGGGCAUAUUCUACAAAUUUCAGCAAGAGUUGAUGAAUUCAACAAAGUUUCAUAUGAUGGAAAUGGAAAAAAAGUAUGAGGUGUACAAGUCACCGACUCAAGCACUGUUUGACUAUAACCCAAGAACAUUCAUAGUGGUUGUUGACACACAUUCUGAAACUAUCUCAUGUGUAUGUGGGAAAUUUGAGAAGGAUGGUAUUCUGUGUUGUCAUGCACUCAAAGUCAUACAAGCAUUGAACAUUGAUGAGUUACCAGAAAAGUACUUCAUUGAUAGAUGGAGACCUAAGGAAAAAAGAGCAUUUCAAGCUAAUGAAGAAGAUGCAAACCUUGAAGAUUUGGAUGAGCAAAUGGCAUUCUUCUCAUUUUCAAGAAGACUAGUUCAGCUUGCUUCUGAGGCAUCGAAGAAUCCUGCAAGGAGGAAAGUGUUAAACAAGCAGAUAGGGAAUCUGGAGAGGUUAAUUUUAGACAUACCUUGCAUGCCAGAAUUGGAACAAUCAAAAUGUUCUGCUUCAGAUUUAAGUGCUGUCACAGGGGGGCUCUUGACUUCAGACAGCAAGGGUGAGAACACUAUAAAUGAUCCAAUAUACAGCAAACCGAAAGGGAGAAUGAAGAAAACAGGGAGGCAGAAAAGUAUACUAGAAGAAAUCAUAUCAAGGCCUAAAGUGACUUGUUCGGGGUGCAACAAACAAGGACACAACAUUACAGGGUGCAAGCAAAUACAACAAGAAUCGCCAGCAAAACCUAAAAAAUCAGCCAGCAGAAAGAAUGCAAAGCAACAUAGAGAGAAGACAGCAAAACAAAAAUAGA